UUCAUUUGUUCUCAAAAGUAACUGCGCUUUUCAACUGAAAACUGAUCGAGAAGUUAAAUACGAACAUUCAAGGAUUGGAGUCAUGAACAAGGAUUCAGUAUUUUGGUUAACGAGCAUAGUGUUUUCAACGCUUUUAUGGGAAACGGUUUCUGUCACAAUGAAGCAAUUCGAGUCUUCGCUGGAUAUGAUGCGAUCCGGAUGUGCCCCAAAAUUCAAGGUUACCAUAGAACAACUGGACGAUAUGCGGUAUGGAAAGUUCGUUGAGAACAACAUGGAGUUGAAGUGUUAUUCGAAAUGCAUCGCUCAGUUGGCUGGCACACUUACAAAGAAAGGAGAGUUCAGCUUUCAAAAGGCUCUUGCCCAGAUACCCAUAAUUUUGCCGCCAGAAAUUCAAGGAACCGCAAAGAGUGCGCUUGAGGCUUGCAAAGAAAUUCAAAAGGGCUACACUGAUACGUGUGAAAAAGUUUUCUAUGUUACAAAGUGCGUCCAUGAUUUUGAUCCAUCAAGUUUUAAAUUCCCUUAAAAUGCAUAUACAUAUAUUGUACCUAAAAAUAUAACAAAGAUUCCAUUAAACAUUAAAGAAGAGCCACUUA